CUAUUCAUAGUUGUGAGAACUUCAGAGGUCUAUUAGAGGACAGCGCGAGUCCUUCUAAUAGCAACUGCAACACUGCCAGGCCUUUCAGAUAACAGGACCUCUGCACUCUGAAACACAGCCUCGACCCUUCUGCGUUUACGCUCUGUUCAGCUCAUAUCAGCCAUGCAGGCUCAGGAAGUCCUCAGACAGCUGCGGAUUCCAGAGCUGGACGACUUUCGACAGUAUGUCCGGGGCUUUCCUACGAAUGCCCUCAUGGGUAUGGGCGCCUUCGCCGCCAUCACCACCUACUGGUUUGCCUCCAGACCGAAAGCUCUCAAGCCACCAUGCGACCUUACACUGCAGUCACUGGAAAUACCUGGGGGAGAUCGUGCCAGAAGGUCUGUCCUAAGUGACAGCGACUACGAGUACAUGACACAUUAUUACAGCGAUGCACAAACAAUGUAUGACGUGUUCCUGCGAGGACUCAGGGUGUCAAAUAACGGACCUUGCCUUGGGUCGAGGAAGCCAAACCAACCGUAUGAGUGGCUGUCGUAUCAAGAGGUCGUGGACAGAGGACAGCACAUCGGUUCUGCCCUUCUUCACAGAGGUCACUUUCACACAGGCGACAAGUUUAUUGGCAUCUUUUCACAAAACAGACCCGAGUGGACGAUUUCAGAGCUGGCCUGUUACACAUACAGCUUGGUUGCUGUCCCGCUGUACGACACGCUCGGCACAGAGGCCAUCGGCUACAUUAUUGAAAAAGCCGCCAUUUCAACAGUGAUAUGUGACGUAGCCGAAAAGGCUCGGAUGAUUCUGGACUGCAUCGGCGGCCAGGGGAAGACCGUGAAGACCAUCGUUCUCAUGGAAGCUUUCGACAAGGAUCUGGUGAGCCGAGGAACGCAGAGCAGGGUUGAGAUUCUCACUCUGAAGGAGUUUGAGGCCAUCGGUGAAGCUAAUCAUCAGAGACCAACGCCUCCCAAACCAAAUGACCUGGCAAUCAUCUGCUUUACAUCUGGAACUACAGGAAACCCUAAAGGUGCAAUGCUUACUCAUGGAAAUGUUAUCUCCAACACCGCAGCGUUCAUUAAAGUAACACAGGACACACUGAAGCCCAGUUCCAAAGAUGUGCUGAUCUCCUUCCUCCCUCUGGCCCACAUGUUUGAGAGGGUGGUGGAGGGUGUCAUCCUCAUCCACGGGGCACGGAUCGGCUACUUCCAGGGCGACAUUCGACUCCUAAUGGACGAUCUGAAAACUCUGCAGCCAACAGUUUUCCCCGUCGUCCCGCGUCUCCUCAACCGCAUGUUUGACAAGGUGUUCAGCCAGGCCAACACACCUCUGAAAAGAUGGCUUCUGGAUUUCGCCUUCAGAAGGAAGGAAUCUGAGCUGAAAAAUGGGGUGAUGAGAAAGGACAGCAUGUGGGAUAAACUCAUCUUCAAAAAAGUGCAGAUGAGCCUGGGCGGUCGAGUCAGACUCAUGAUCACCGGAGCGGCCCCCGUCUCUCCGACCAUCCUGACUUUCCUACGAGCCGCUCUCGGCUGCCAGUUUUACGAAGGCUACGGCCAGACCGAAUGCACGGCCGGGUGCACCAUGUCCAUGCCUGGAGACUGGUCAGCAGGUCACGUUGGGCCUCCUCUGCCAUGCAAUGCGGUAAAACUAGUGGAUGUGGCAGAAAUGAAUUACCUAGCAGCAAACGGAGAAGGAGAGGUGUGUGUCAAAGGACCAAACGUAUUCAAGGGAUACUUGAAAGACCCUGAGAGAACAGCAGAGGCAAUCGACAAGGAUGGAUGGCUGCACACUGGCGACAUUGGGAAAUGGCUUCCAAAUGGCGUUCUGAAGAUCAUUGACAGAAAGAAACACAUUUUCAAGCUGGCACAAGGAGAGUACAUCGCCCCGGAGAAAAUCGAGACCAUCUAUAACCGCAGCGAUCCAGUGGCUCAGAUAUUUGUUCAUGGGGAAAGCUUAAAGGCAUGUCUGGUGGGGAUAGUGGUACCAGACCCAGACUUUUUACCUAUUUGGGCCAAUAAAAAAGGAUUUGAAGGAUCCUACCUUGAGCUGUGCAGGAACAAGGAUGUAAAGGCGGCCAUUCUGGAGGACAUUUUGAUGUUGGGCAAAGAAGGUGGACUAAAGUCUUUUGAACAGGUGAGAGACAUUGCAUUACAUCCCGAGAUGUUUUCUGUUCAAAACGGUCUGCUGACCCCCACCCUGAAGGCCAAGAGGAACGAGCUCCGGAGUCACUUCAGAGAGCAGAUUGAUGAACUUUAUGCCAAAAUCAAAAUGUGAGCCGGAACCAAUUAACUACCACAGCGACCACAACCGCUUCUUUAGAAGAUUCUGUGUAUUUUGUCUACCUGGUGAUAAUUCAAGUGAUUUUGUAGUUGUGUCAAACAAAUAGGGCAAUGAAUGUCAACUUAAUACCUGGGAAAAAAAAAAAAUCGCACAGAACUCUUGAAACUCUUGAACUCCUCAUGCCUUCACUGCCAGAAAAUUUCAGCAACUAAAAAAAAACGUCUUGACUUUUUUUUAUCCUAGGAGAAAAUAUUCUGAAGUGCUUUUACAUUGAUUCAACCACAACUAUUUAUAUGCCAAGCUAUUUAAUGAUUUGGUGAGCUAUUUAAGUUGGUAUUUAAUGUGAUCACCAUGCCUGUAAAUAGUUGUUUGUUUUUUUUUGUGCUGGAAAACUAUAUUUGUAUGCAGAUUAGCAUGUCUGAGACUCUGUAGUUAUAAUCUCCUGCAUUCCUGUAUAUGUCAGCAAUGAAGGCUGAAGGGUGGAUUUGGUUAGGAUGUGUAAAGAGAAGUUUAGGUAAGAGCCUGCUAGGGUUCAUGUGCCUUUGUUUUUGUAUAGUGCAUGUAAAAUAGUUCACGUAGUUGCAUUGUACAAGCAGAGACGUCUCUUAAAAAAACAACACACGACUGACUUAAGAUGUUAGUCAUGAUUAGCAGAGAGGUUUCCAAAGAUCAGGUUUGAAGAGGCUGAAGACACAAAAGGAUAAAAUAGAACAUCUUUGCUGUAAUAUGAUCACCAAAACCGUUGUGUUGUCUCAAACAUUUCUCAAACAUUUCACUUAACGACCUUGUGCUGCUUCUGACCUUCCUCUGCUGCCAAAAAUCAACUAUUCUGACAGAAACAAAAAACAAAUCCACAUAACUUGAAGGCAUGAAACAACAGUAGCUACUUUUUUGAGGACUGACAAUAAAAGGCGGUGGAUCAAAUAUUGGCGUCUUUGUAAAUGUUCAGCUCCUUAUUCACAUUCAAAGGUAAAGCCGAAAAUGCAGGAUAGUAGCAUUAAACCAAUUAACUCAAGACAACACAGUUCACCUCAACAGCUUUACAGAUGAAAUGUAUUUAAUAAGGAGUUUAGAACAUAGAAAUAUCGUUAAAGGAAGGGAUUUAUAGCAUUUCUUUUCAUUGUUUAUUUUGAGUUGGUGAAAUUGGUGAAAACUUGAAAUUGUGGUAAAUUUUUAAAGAUGUGCUGCUAAUAUUUACUGAAAUGGUACUUUCCUGUAUCAAUUUUAAAGUUUUAUUUAAAAAAAUAGAUGCCACAGGUUUCAAGAUAAAAGUUUUUUAAGCUUGUAUACAUACAUAUAUAAAUAUAUUACACGUUUAGAAGGAGGAUGUUUUCCUGUGAUGAUUUCCUGGAAGACGGAAUAGUUAACUCAGAAGUCUUUCUUUGCGUGAUGGUCUGAAAUCUUCAAGUUGCCUAAAAGCAAAAUGUCUGAUUUCAGUUUGGAGCCAUUCUCUGCACAGCUCAGUAUAUCAUAUCUCUUUGACAUUGUGAACUCUUCUGCAUUUUUAUGUCUCUUGUAUGAAAAACAGGGGGAGGGGAAUGAAAUUUUCUUUGAAAGCAUUGGAUUGUUGUCAAAUAAAAUAUCGUCUUUCAACAUU